AUGCCGCAUUUGAAACUUCGAGAUGGAGCCGAGCUCUUCUACAAAGACUGGGGUAACCCCCACGGCGCCAUCGUCACCUUCUCUCACGGCUGGCCCUUGAGCAGUGACAAUUGGGAAAAUCAAAUGAUGUUUCUGGCCGAACACGGCUAUCGUGUCAUCGCACACGAUCGGCGCGGUCACGGUCGAUCUACCCAGACCUGGGACGGAAACAAUAUGGACCAAUUUGUCGAUGACCUUGAGGAGCUCUUUGCACACCUAAAGGUCAAAGAUGCAGUAAUGGUUGGCCAUUCCCAUGGAGGUGGAGAGGUUACCCAUUACCUUGGAAAGCUCGGCACGGGUCGUUUCAAGAAAGCCGUUCUUGUGGGAGCCGUGCCUCCUCUAAUGCUGAAGACAAGUGGCAAUCCCGAGGGGACUGAUAAGUCAGUCUUCGAUUCUUUCCGAGAAGCCAUGCGUAAAGACCGCGCGCAAUUCUUCUUGGAUGUCCCUACCGGGCCAUUCUUCGGUUUCAACCGAGCGGGUUCCCAGAAAAGUGAGGGGCAGAUUCGGAGCUGGUGGCAGCAAUCGAUGAAUACCAGUCUUAAGUCAGCGUACGACUCGAUCAAGGAUUUCUCUGAAACAGAUUUCACGGAAGAUCUAAAGAAGAUUAACAUUCCUGUCUUGGUUCUCCAUGGGGAUGAUGAUCAAGUGGUUCCUAUUGAGGCAGCUGGAUUGAAGUCAGCAAAACUUCUCCCCCAAGGCAAGCUGAAGAUUUAUAAAGGAGGAUCCCAUGCUAUUCACAACAUCAAUGUCGGCGAAGUCAACAAAGAUCUGCUUGACUUUAUCAAGUCAUGA